GGCGCUGGACCUGUGGGCCUUGUCGCUGCAUUAUCACUUCUUCGAAAUGGCAUUUCAGUACGCAUAAUUGAGAAAGAAAGUGCCCCGCAUCUUGGGGAGCGCGGGUCAGGCAAUUUUCCGCGCUCGUUGGAGGUUUAUCACUUCCUCGGAGUGCCAGAGAUCGACAGAGAGGGCAUGCUGGUUCCCCUUAUCCAGACGCACACCAUUGGUAGUUUAGACAUCUUGAAGGAAGUCCCAAUGACUCCGCGUUAUGAGCCGACACCAUCCAUCCCUUUCAACAACCCGAAGCUCAUCGGUCAGAACAAAGUCGAGCAGAUUCUCACCGCUCACAUACAGGAGCUGGGAUGCGCUGUCGAGUACGGAACAGAGCUCCACUCUUUCGAGCAAGAUGAAGACGGCGUUAUAGCUCAAAUCGUGACAAAGGAUGGCGACAGAGAGAAAACUGGCACUAUCGAAUCCCAGUUUCUCAUUGGUGCCGAUGGAGCCCGUGGCAUUGUUCGUAAGCAACUCGGCUUGACGUUCCUUGGUGAGACCAGGGACACUACUCGACUCGUGACUGGCGAUAUUUGCUUCAAGUGCCCUGGUCUAUCUAGAAACUACUGGCAAAUAUUUAACGACGAGUCGGGCAGUGUUAUCGCUUUCCGACCCAUCGACGCAGCAAAGGAGGGAGACCGCUGGCAGAUUCUCGUAUCAGGGGAUAAGUUUGACAUCGAUGCCUUGAUCUCCGACAAGGAAGUAUUGUAUUCUCUUAUCAGAGAAACACUCAACGCCCCUGUCGAGUUCUUAGGACUGGUCUGGAUUUCCGAGUUUAGACCCAACAUUCGCAUGGUGGACAAGUUUGGCCAGGGAAGGGCGUUCGUUGCUGGAGAUGCCGCUCAUGUCCAUAGUCCUACUGGUGGCCAAGGUCUCAACUCUGGCGUUCAAGAUGCAUUCAACCUUGCGUGGAAGAUCGCGCUGGUAGCAAAGGGCAUCUCUCCUCUCUCGUUCCUCGACACGUACACGGCCGAGCGUCUUCCGGUCAUCGCUCAAAUGCUGAACAUUACCACAUCUCUGCUCGACAAGACCUUUGGUCCGACUCGCGGGACUGUUGAGAGUGCCAUGGAGCGCGGUAGGCUCUUGUUUAUGCUCGGCGUGAACUACCGAACGAGCCCUAUCGUUGUCGACGAGUUCUCUGCCGGCGUUCCACCAGUGGCGGCCUAUAUGCUCGACAAGAGCGAUGAGUUGGUCGCUGGAGAUAGAGCUCCUGAUGCGCCAGGUCUCGUCGAAGAAACUGCAACGGUCAGGUUGUUCGAUAUUUUCAAGCCCACUCACCAUACCGCGUUAGUAUUUGUGCCUAACGUUGAAGCAGCGGCCGACCUGUUGAGGUCGUUUGAACCAUACUCCACCAUUGCUCGUCCCGUGGUGGUUCUACCUGCUUCCGCAAACUCAAGCCCUUCUACGACCUCCGCAAGGAUCGUCAUUGAUAAAGAUAACUACGCGCAUACUCAUUAUAUCAUCAAAGAAGAGCCUCGAGUCGUCGUCGUGAGGCCAGACGGUGUAGUCGGUGCUAUCGUAGCGGGGUCCUCAGGCGUUCAGAAGUACUUUGACUUGAUUCGGGGACACUAAAUGAUAUCGUCGCUUACUUGUAAUCACCACUCGUUCAAACGCAACCAUGCGCAAGCCAGAUCCUAUACUCGAAUAAAUAUUGUUUAU